AAGCUGAGCAACAUUUUCCGUAUUUCCCAUGAAAUUUACUUUUAUUUCCUUUCUUGGAAUAUUAACGCCGAUGCGAUAACAAUAAUAACGUGGUGUCACAAUAGUUGUAAAUUUGUUCGAGAUUCGCAUUUAAAAAAUGGAACUAACAGAGGAACAAAGAAAACGUAUAGAAGAAAAUAGGCAAAAAGCUAUAUUAUUAAGACAGGAAAAAUCGAAAUUUAGAGCACAUACUUCCCAAAAACCUGUUGUAUCACAAAAAGUUGAUCAAGAUAAUAUCAUCACAGUGACAGUUGCUGGACAAUCGUAUGUUGAUACUGAAGCUGGAUUUUUGCUUAACAAGGAUGAUUUAUCUGAUACAAAUAAACAAGUAAGUUUAGCACCAGAACCCAAUCCAAUAUUAUUAAAAUCGGAGCAACCAAAUUGUCUAGAAUGUAAUCAAGAAUUUGGAAUUUCUUUCUUAAUGACAAAUUUUGAUCAUCCUGUCUGUGAUAGAUGCAAAGAAAAAUUUGGAAAAGAAAAAUUUGAUUUAAUUACUAAAACAGAAGCUAAAAAAGAAUAUUUAUUAAAAGAUUGCGAUAUUGAUUUGCGUACACCUCCACUUAAGUUUAUUUUAGGCAAAAAUCCUCACAAUUCCAGAUGGGGUGAAAUGAAAUUGUAUCUUAUACUUCAAGUAGAAAAAAGAGCAUUAGAAGUUUGGGGUUCUGAAGAAGAAGUAGAACGACAGAUUGAAUUAAGACAUGAAAAGCAAAAAGCAUCAAAGUUAAAAAUGUAUAAGAAAAAAUUAAAAGAUUUAAGAAAAUCAACUAGAAGUAGCUUGUACACCAAAGUCACUAAAGCAUCUCACGAACAUGUUUUUGAUUCAGAGAUAUACAAUGAAAAAGAAGAUAACUAUGAACGUACAUGUAUUACAUGUGGUUUCCAUGAAAUUUUUGAAAAAAUGGCUGCUGACUAUUAUCUGAUUAACCAUUAUAUUUUCUAUAACAGAGGUCAUGAAUUUCAUUAAGGGUGCUCUGAGAUUAUAAUAACAUCAGUUUUAUUAAGGGUGCUCUAACGUCAGUUCAAAAUUGCAGUGCCAGUUGAAAAGGUUUGUGAGAAUCACUAAAACUCAAUUAAGAAAUUGGACUAAUAGUAGGUAUCACUAUUUAAGAUAUGAUAGUCUACUUGAUGAAUUAAAUUAAUUUUUGUUUUUUUGUUAGAAAUAAUUAUUUAAGAUUAAAAUGGUAGAAGAGUACUUCUAAAAUAC